AUGCGCAUGUACAUCUGCGGCGAGUGGGUCGACCGCGAUGACAAGAUGCCCGUCAUCAAUCCCUUCGACCAGUCCGCGUUCGACACCGUCCCACGUGGGUCCGCUGCCGACGUUCAGGCCGCAAUCGCCAGCGCCGUCCGUGGCGCCGCGGUGAUGGCCAAGUUGCCCGCCCACCGUCGCUACACGAUCCUCAAGCGUGCUGCCGACCUCAUGGAAGAACGUGCUGACGACCUGGCGGAGACCAUAACUCGAGAAGAGGGAAAGGUCAUCGCCGAAGGCCGCGGUGAAGUCCAGCGUGCCAUCCAGACGAUCACCUUGUCUGCUGAAGAAGCCAAGCGCCUGCACGGAGAAACCGUGCCGCUCGACUCGGCGCCCGGCGUGGUCAACCAGUUUGGCUUCACCAUCCGUGUGCCCGUGGGCAUAGUGGCCGCGAUCGCGCCGUUCAACUUCCCGCUCAACCUCGUGUGCCACAAGGUGGGCCCGGCCCUGGCUGGCGGCAACGCCGUUAUCCUCAAGCCGGCCGGGGACACUCCGCUGUCUGCCUUGAAGCUAACCGAGAUCCUGCUGGAAGCCGGCCUUCCCGAAGAGGCCAUCCAAACCAUCACCGGCUCCGGCGCUGAGAUCGGCGACGUUAUCACCGGCUCGCCCGACAUCCGCAAGAUAACCUUCACCGGCAGCAUGGAAGUGGGCGACCAGAUUUGCCGUAACGCCGGCAUCAAGAAGGUCACCAUGGAGCUGGGGUCCAACAGCCCGUUGAUCAUCAUGUCGGAUGCCGACAUCGAGAAGGUCGCGGCCGCCACGGUUUCCAGCGGUUUCGCCAAUGCGGGUCAGGUCUGCAUCUCCACUCAGCGUGUCUUCGCUGCCCGCACCAUCUACGCCGAUCUGCUAGACGCGCUGGUUAAACCCACCCAGGAGUUCAGCGUCGGCAAUCCCUUCGACGAAGACGUCAAGAUGGGCCCGAUGAUCCGCCAGACCGAUGCCGAACGCGUCGAGACCUGGAUCGCUGAAGCCGUGAGCCAGGGCGCGCGCGUCAUCGCCGGCGGUGACCGGAGCGGGACCCUCCACUCCGCCACCGUGGUGGCCGACGCUCGGCCGGAAAUGCUGAUCUCCCGUGAGGAACUCUUCGGUCCCGCCGUGGCCGUCAGCGCAUUCGAUGACAUUGACGACGCCAUCGCCAAGGCCAACGACAGCCGCUUCGGCCUGUCGGCAGGCAUCUUCACCCAGAACGUGGACUGGGCCAUGAAGUUCGCGCAGGAAGUGCAUUCCGGCAACCUGCACAUCAACGCUUCUCCGCAAUGGCGGGCCGACGUUAUGCCCUACGGCGGCCUUAAGGACAGUGGCAUGGGCAAGGAAGGCCCGGCCUACGCCAUCGAUGAGAUGACCGAGCUCAAGAUGGUUGUGUUCCACUUGGGCGGUUAG